AAGCUGUCGUAAAGGGACAUGUUUGUGACCGACACCAGCACGUUACAUGAGGGCUGUAUGUUGCAGGAGCGAGGAGGGACAAUGGCUGAUAUGUCAGAAGAGGCUCCGAUCCUUCCAAGGUUCUACGCGGGGAGAUCGGUCUUCAUUACGGGAGGCACCGGCUUUAUGGGAAAGGUGUUGGUGGAGCGUCUACUGUCCACGUGCGCUGAUAUCCAGGAGGUGUUCCUCCUCGUGCGGGAGAAGAAGGACGUGCCGCCAGAGAAGAGGCUCGCUCAGUUCAAGCAGUGUCAGAUAUUCGAGAAGGUUCGGGAGCGGUGUCCGUGGCAGCUCGACAAGCUGCGCGUGCUCCCCGGGAACCUGGAGCGACCCCUGCUGGGACUCGAACCGGUGACUAUCGCUCGACUACACCAGGUGUCGGUGGUGUUCCACAACGCUGCGACCCUCAAGUUCGACGAGGCUCUACGCAAGGCGGUCGACCAGAACGUGCGGGGCCUCCUGUCCCUCGUCGACGUGUGCGACGCCCUGCCGAACCUCGAGGCGCUGGUGCACGUGUCCACUGCGUACAGCAACGCGGAGCUGUCGAGGGUGGAGGAGCGCGUGUACGCGGCGCCGGUGCCGCUGCAGCAGCUGCUGGCGCUGGCCGACGCGCUGCCGGACCAGCUCGCCGCCGACCUCACGCCCAGGUACAUCCACCCGAAGCCGAACACUUACACGUUCACGAAGGCGAUGGCGGAGUGCGUGCUGCAGGAGAGGACCAGCCGCCGCUACCCGGUCGCCAUCUUCCGACCGACCAUAGUGAUAUCAGCAGACCGGCACCCGGUCCCGGGGUGGAUAGAGAACUUGAACGGGCCGAGCGGCGUCGUCGUGGGGGUCGGCAAGGGGCUGAUGCACGUGUUCAGAGCGAACCUCGCGCUGCGGGCCGACUUGAUCCCGGUCGACGUCGUCGUGGACAACAUGAUCGCUGUUGCCUGGGAGACGGCCUCAGAACCGUGCGGCUCCUUGCGCGUGUACAACUGCGCGUCGGGCAAGCACGCGACGCGCUUGUCGGAGUUCAGAGCCACCGCAGUCCGCGUGCUCCGGAGCCUCCCGCUGGACUCAGGACUCUCCUAUCCCUUUCUGAUCGUGGUGCAGAACAGGUUCGUGUACCGGCUGCUGGAGUUCGUGCUGCAGACGGCGCCGCUGCACGUGGCCGAGUGCUUGCGGCAGACCGACGGGCAGAAGGCGAGGUUGAGUUUCACAACGGCAGGGCGGCGCAUACGAGCGAUGACGGAAGUGCUGCACUUCUUCGUGCUGCGCGAGUGGACGUUCCCGUGCGACAACAUCCGGCGGCUGCGGCGGCGGCUCACGGCGCGCGACCGCCGCAUCUACCACCUGGACGUCGCGGAGGUCCAUUGGGACGAAUUAUAUUUAAACUUCGUGAAAGGAACAAGAAAAUAUUUACUUCAGGAAAAGGAAGAAGAUUUGAAAGAAGCGCAAAAAAGAAUGAAGAGAUUGCGUCUCGUCCACUACACCACCAUCGUGUUCCUCGUCUUACUAUCCUACAAACUAAUUAAGUUUUUCCUAAAUUUGUUUAUGAACAACUAAAUAUCCAGUGUUUAAGCUAAAACAUGAAAUAUGAGACUGGUUAAAGAUGAGUGAUUUUAUUUAUUUUUGCUUAAGUUGGUGGGUAAGCUCUCGACCCACCUGUGUUACGUGGUUA